CUACACGAAGAAGAAACUAUGCCUUAGACUGUAUUUCCCAACGCUGAAAGGAGAGAGCCCCGUCUUUGCAGCUCUGUAACAAGUGAGAAUUGCGGGGGAUUUGACAAUAUGGGAAAACUGGACGAGUUACUUUUAAGAACCAUCUGCAACUGGACACUGACAUUUUAAAGGAUAACCUUUUUCCCGAAUCAAGAACGAAAAAGGUAUCGCCAAGAGCAGUAGCUAGUUGUGAUGUGGAGAGGAGACCUUGUUCCCCGGGCCUUCCAGGCCCCAGUGGAUGUCCAUGCCAGUGUAGAUGGCCAGGUGUACAUGUUCAGGAACGGCCAGCCAAAUGACUCUCCAGGCUCUUCAGAGGAAGAAGAGUUCAAUGUGAUGGCGCUUAGGCCCCGGGGUCGGCAGGAGCCGGACCAGGACAGACUGGGCAGCCUCAUGCUGCUAGAGAGGGAUGUAUUGGUUGGGGACAACCUCAACAAACUUGCUCUGCAAUAUGGCUGCAAGGUGGCUGACAUAAAGAGGGUGAACAACCUGAUUCAGGAACAGGAUAUGUUUGCAUUGAAAUCAAUCAAAAUCCCUGUGAAGAAACACAGCUUAUUGACUGAGGCUAACACAGAACACAGAACCUCAAAUUCAUCCACACCACCUCCUCAGCCACAGGACAGACCUACAGCCAGCUCCCCUGGUAGGCCACAUCUACAGGAGUACACUGACUUCCUCAAGGAAGUGGAUCAUGACAUCGAGAGACUGAUUCAAACCACAGAUGCACAGGAUGAGUUUUUUUUAGAGGCCGUGGAGCGGCCACAAAAUCUGGGCUACAGAGGCCAGCACUUGACCAGCUAUGGAGCAGACUGGGGCAUCCAGUGGUGGAACGCUGUGGUGGCCAUGCUCCUGAUAGGCAUUAUCCUGCCUGUCUUUUAUGUUGUUUAUAUCAAAACACAAGAUACUGGAGUGCCUGCUGCUGUAGCUACCACAAACAACUCAGGGACAGGCCUCAUCACAGAAAGCCCUAGGAGCACUUUUAGCAGCCAGGAAAGUGUCCCUCAGUCUGAACGAACCAAACACAUAAUACAGGGAAAGAAUGUCUAUGGACUUCAUGCUUAACUUCACUUUAGAUCCCAAAUCAGUGUUCUGCUUAAAGGUCAUCAAGGAAGUGUUGCCGUGUAACAUUUCUUUACAAAAGAUUGAAGUUGUAGUAUGGAUUUUUGUAAGUGUUUUAUCAGACAUUGGACUUCAUGGUUUCAGAUGUUGUGCCUUAUUAGAUGUCUGACUUAUCCAGUCAAUGGUUCUUUCUUCUUUGUGCUAAUUAUUUUGAAGACAUUUUAACACGUUUGCUGUGUGACAACCUUACAACUGCAAUUGAAUAUGGAUAUUCAGUUUCGGACAUACAGACACUUGUAUGUGUAGGGUACAGAGAUGAGGUAGUCAUUUAAAAAAAAUAGUGUUAAACACUAUUGCACACAUUGAGUUUAUGCAACUUAUUGUGACUUGUUAAGCAAAUUUCUACUCCUGAACAUACUGAACAAAAAUAAACGCAACAUGUUUCAUGAGCUGAGAUAAAAGAUCCCAGAAAUUCUCUAUACGCACAAAAAGCUUUUCUCUGAAAGUUUCUACACAAAUUUGUUUACAUCUGUUAGUGAGCAUUUCUCCUAUGCCAAGAUAAUCCAUCCAUGUGACAGGUGUGGCAUAUCAAGAAGCUGAUUCAACAGCAUAAUCAUCACACAAGUGCACCUUGUGCUGGGGACAAAAGGCCACUCUAAAAUGUGCAGUUUUGUUACACAACACAAUGCCACAGAACUUUUAAGGGAGUGUGCAAUUGGUAUGCUGACUGCAGGAAUGUCCACCAGAGCUGUUGCCAUAGAAUGUAAUGUUCAUUUCUCUACCAAAGCCACCUCCAACGUUGGUUUAGAGAAUUUGCCAGUAUGUCGAACCGGCUUCACAUCCGCAGACCAAGUGUAUAGCGUCAUGUGGGCGAGCGGUUUGCUGAUGUCAAUGUAAUAAGCAGAGCGCCCCAUGGUGGGGUUAUGGUAUGUGCAGGCAUAAGCUACGGACAACAAACACAAUUGCAUUUUUUGGUGGCAAUUUGAAUGCAGCGAUACCGUGACGAGAUCCUGAGGCCCAUUGUCGUGCCAUUCAUUAGCCGUCAUCACCUUAUGUUUCAGCACAAUGCACGGCCCCAUGUCGCAAGGAUCUGUACACAAUUCCUAGAAGUUGAAAGGCCAGUUCUUCCAUGGCUUGCAUACUCACCCAUUGAGCAUGUUUAGGAUACUCUGGAUCAAUUAGUACGACAGUGUGUUCCAGUUCCCGCUAAUAUCCAGCAACUUCCCACAGCCAUUGAAGAGGAGUGGGAUAACAUUCCACAGGCCACAAUCUGCCUGAUCAACUCGAUGCGAAGGAGAUGUUGCGCUGCAUAAGGCAAAUGGUGGUCACAUCAGAUACUGACUGGUUUUAUGUUCCACGCCCCUACCUUAUUUUAAGGUAUGUGACUUAUAUGAACUUAUAUGCAUUAUAUGAACUGUAACUCUGUAAUAUCUUUGAAAUUGUUGCAUGUUGCGUUUAUAUUUUUCUGUAUAUUUAGGCUUGCCAUAAAGUGGUUGCAUACUUAUUGACUUGA